GGGUUUUUUUGCCUUCCGUAAAAGCGUGUCCCACGAGGCAACCCGUAGGCACGUGACCUCACCUGGGCUCAGGUGAAGGAGGGGCCCUGGACGCUGUUCACCUGGCUCGGCAGGCAUCUUCCUCGAUUUGGGGAGGAAGGGCUUUAACCCAGAAGAUCUGAGGUCAGACCAACUUUGAGGGGACAGGCGGAUGCAGCUCUGACACUUGCUUACGUGGAGAGACCACCCCACCGCAUUACAGGAUAUUCUGAAAUGGACGAAGCAGCUGCUUAGGGUCUAGAUUAACCCCAAAGAAGGCAAGGCAAAAGGAGUCGAAAGGGUGGCAAGUCAUGCUUGGAAAGACACAAGGACAUCGCCAAAACCUAAGCAGCUACCACCAGCCCCCUAAAGAUGUUGCGGUACCCCAGCAGAUCAACUCUCCCAGAACGACUGACAUUAGCCUGGAGGUGUUCAGUGGCUCUACCCCUGAGCUCAAGCAAACCCGCAAGCCAACACGAGCUGCGAGAAGCCGCAAAGCCGACCCCAAAGAUGCCAGUGGGAGGGAGGGCGAAACGAGUACCUUUAUCCCUGGUGCUGUGGAGACCCCCCGGCCCCCAUGCUGCCCCACUCUGUCCCAGGCCUGGAGUGUUUACAAAGCGAUCUUCUGCUGCAUUGUGACAUGCGGGGACUGCUUCAGGGACUGCCCUUCUAGGAGCCUCUACAAUGAGGCACUGACAGAUGAGAGCCGAGAGUGCAAUGGGCGUUCGCCAAACAGUCCUGCCAAUAGCUCCCCUGCUGAGAAAAACGGGAGCCAAACCAAAAAGAGCACGAUCGGGAGCAGUUUCAGCUACCCAGAUGUGAAACUGAAAGGGAUCCCAGUGGGGAUUUAUACCCCUAGCCCCCACACAGAUACUGAUUCAUGCUACAAGGAGCCUCUUCCGGAGAAGAUAGCCAGGAACAGCAUAGAGAAGCAACCUCUCCCCAGCAGCCAUCGAAGCUCUGAGGAUUACUCCCCCGACGAUUUGGAUACCGACAGUGACAGUGACCCAAAGAAUAGCUCUAUAUCCAGUGGUCGGAUUGAUUACCUGAUCCACAGGAAACUGACCGAGCUCUUCAGCAUUCACCAAAUUGACGAGCUGGCCAAGUGUACGUCGGACACCGUCUUCCUGGAGAAGACCAACAAGAUCUCGGACCUCAUCAACAGCAUCACUCAGGACUAUCACUUGGAUGAGCAGGAUGCCGAAUGCAGGCUGGUCCGGGGGAUCAUACGCAUCAGCACGCGCAAGAGCCGGGUCCGACCCCGCGUCUCUGUCCCGACCCGCCUGAAUCCGGAGGAGAGCAUGAGCAGAGGCAAUCUGCCAGACAGUGGCAACGAGACCAUGCUGGCAUCUGUGCUCCCUAGCGAAGGAGAUUUCCCUGUUCAGAUAUCUGUAGAAACCACAGCAGAUAUGAAAGCCAGGAACAUGCGGCACGGAGCAUACAGCACUGCUGGAUCUCCCCUGAGCAGAGGCUCUUCUUUCCAGGAUACAGAGACAGAUUCCUCUGGAGCCCCUCUGCUGAAAGUAUAUUGCUGAGAAAAUGGACUUCGGGAACGAACGUGCUAGGCAACGAGGCCGCGGGGCAAGUUCCCGUUUUCUAAAUGACAAAUACGAUGCCACUUUA